AUGUCAUCCGAAAUUCACGCUUCAUACCUGAUAAUUGGCGCUGGAGUCUUCGGUGCUUCCACUGCUUUACAUCUCGCGAAAAAGUAUUUACCGCCAGCCACAGACGAGCCUAUCAAGAUUAUUCUUGUCGACCGACCGGUCGUUCCUUACCACACGUCUGCGUCCCAAGAUCAGUCUAAAGUCAUUCGAGCUGAUUAUGCUGGUCCGCUUUACACCCGACUUGCCCUUGAAGCCAAGCAUCUAUGGAGGUCAGACUCGCUGUACAAGGAGAUUUAUCACGAAACCGGGUUGAUUUGGGCUGAUAUGAACAAAACCAAUUUUGCGAAAGACGUGAUCGCUAAUUAUCAGCAUCUCGGAAUAGUCGAGGACGACAAUGACGCAAAAUACCGCCUGGUGCCCCCAAGCGAGAUUCGUCGCCUUCAUAAUGGACUAUUCUCGCGUGCAGAUCUGGACAAUAUUGACGAAAUCUUUCUGAACGCGAGCAGUGGCUGGGUCGAGGCAAACAAGACUUUACAGAAUGUCAUCGAUGCAGCCGUUUGCACCGGAGUUGUGAAGCAUAUUGAAGCAGAAAUUGCUAGACUGAUUUUUGAUGACGAUGGACAUGUCUGUACUGGUGCUCAGACUGUAGAUGGCCAGAUCAUCUUACUCAUAGAAAGUGUUCCAGAGAUUCCAGAGCUCCAUGUAGGCAGUCGUCUCUCAGCAGCAGGACUCAUCACAGGGAUCUUAAGACUCAGUCAGAAUGAAGCGAGCCAGUUACGAUCCGCUCCCGCUUUUCUCUUCGCUGGAGGUAAAUCUCAAGAGAAUGAACUGAAAAUCACGUGUGAUAUCAGUUUUACGAAUACGGUCGAGAUUUUCAGCAAAGUCUACGUUUCGAUGCCUCCGGAGGAUUGCAUGUCAACUUACUCCGUUCUGUCGGCUGAAAUGAAUCGCGCGCUCGCCGCUGUUAGAGAGAGUAUUCUAGGUGAUGGAACAAGGAACCAUUCCUUUGAGGACCGCCGGAUUUGCUGGGAUGCUAUUACGCCGGAUCAAAACUUCAUUAUCAGCGCUCACCCGCACUGCAGAAACCUUUUCAUAGCGACUGGAGGAUCUUUUCAUGCAUGGAAAUUCUUGCCUAUACUGGGAAAGUAUGUAGUGCAGAUGCUUGAGGACAGAUUAGACCCAGAUCUCGCCCAACGCUGGUUUUGGAAUCGGGAUUUUUCUGCCGGAGCCGCAAAUGAGAGAAUGAUGCCAGUGCGAGAGUUGACGGAUAUUGGCCAAUAA